AUGAGCUUUACACAAUUUACUGAUUUGGUCAAACGUAACCGUGCCGUUGACAUCAAUCCACCUCCAUCAGAAUCAGACAUUAAUUUAACCAGCCAUGGUAGUGACUGGUUGUGGGCUGCUUUUUCAGUGUUUGCUUUGCUCGCAAUCUGCCAUGGUUUCAUCUACAGCUUGACUAGCGUACGCAGAAGCGGAAUCAAGAAAUCAUUAUUGACGAUUCCAUUGUUUACCAAUGCUGUGAUGGCAUUCGCUUACUACACUUAUGCUUCAAACUUGGGUUACACUUGGAUCGAGACUGAAUUCCAUCAUGUUUCCACUGAUAGAGGCUUGUAUGUUCGUCAAAUCUUUUACACCAAGUUUGUUGGAUGGUUCUUGUGCUGGCCAUUGGUGUUGAUCAUAUUCACUGUCAACACACAUACCUCUUUGACAGACGAUAGAGAGGACAUUUUGAAAAAGAUCGUACAAGUGUUUUCAUCCAUCUUCACCCGGUUUUUGUCUAUCGAGGUGUUUGUGUUGGGUUUGUUGAUUGGUGCAUUGAUUAGAUCCACUUACAAAUGGGGUUACUUUACAUUUGCAACUGUGGCAUUGUUGUUUACCAUUUACCUCGUUUGUGUUGACUUGCACAACAGCUUCCAAUCGAUUAACAAGAGCAUGAUUGCAAACCUUGUCAUUAUUUUUGAGAUUGUUGUCUGGAUCUUGUAUCCAGUUUGUUGGGGAUUGUCAGAAGGUGGUAAUGUCAUCCAACCGGACUCAGAAGCUGUGUUUUACGGUAUCUUGGAUCUCAUCAACUUUGGCUUUGUCCCAGUCAUCUUGACCUGGAUUGCCGUCAACACCAUUGAUGAAGACUUCUUUACCAAGAUUUGGCACUUCCAUUUGAACAAUAAUGUUAGUGUUGAUCGUGAUGCUGAAAAAUCAGUUGGUGACACAACUCCAAGACAUUCUGGUGACACUACUGUUGCACCGGCAGGAGUCCACCAAGAAGAGGAGGAACAUGUUUAG